AUGGAGGCCGAGGUUCUGCGUCGUGAGCAUCGCCUGUGUCCUUUUGCUGAUAUCGUCUAUCAUGCCGAACAUGGCUAUGUAGAUAUUCAACCAUGUUUGUCCAACCGGGUCAAGGUCCAGAAGACGGACCCUUCGUAUCGAGGCGCCAAGGCUGUCUACGAGGAGGAUCUGGAAAGAGAGGCGAAUGUGGCAUCCCUGGAGCCUUAUAUCGCUGCCAAGCUCGAAGCUGCUGCCCUCGGGCUCGUGAUCCCUACUUUCGCUGAUUUCAAGGAGGCUCGGGGCGCAAGGGUGCGGCACAUGACAUGA